ACAUCCGAUCAGAGACUGGCCCGCGUCCUGACUAUCUUUCUGUCUACAGAAAUAUUUCCUCUGGUGUGUUUGAUGUAGCCUAGUUGCCAUCGGAGGAAUUUAAAUGUUAACUCAAGAUUUCCAAGAGAUCUGACGGACAUUACAAGCGUCAGCGAUGCCAGAGCCUGCAGAAAUGAAUGGGUCUGACGUAGCAAAGAUGUCGGGCAGUGGGGUUUCAGGAAGUGAGGGAAAGGAUCCAGUAGCCAAUGGGCAUGCAGAGAAUGAGUCCAACCCUUUUGCAGAGUACAUGUGGAUGGAGAACGAGGAGGAAUACGAUCGGCAGGUAGAGGAGGAAUUGCUUGAGCAAGAGUUUUUGGAGCGCUGUUUCCAAGAGAUGUUGGACGAGGAGGAUCAGGAUUGGUUCAUUCCUGAGAGAGACCUCCCAUCAGUCGGACAGAUUCAGCAACAGCUCAACGGACUUUCUGUCAGCGACGGCAACGCAGAGGAAAUCUUGCGAAAGAGCAUCUUAAACCCUGAAGCCAAGGAGUUUGUGCCUGGGGUGAAAUACUAAGGAUCAUCGUUCCUCCUCUCUCAUGCAAACAUCGGAUCAUAUACUCAAAGACUGUUGUGCCCAUGUUUUUGGAUGGUCACAUGAAUGCACUCUUCUACACAUUUUCGAAGGGGCAGGAAUACAAAUUUAUUUUUUUGGGGGGGUGGGAGAUGAUUGUCUAUAAGCUUUAUAUUUCUGUUAUGUAUAAACCAAGGGUAUUAAGUUGAAACACGACCUCUAGGAGGUGCUGUAACUAGCUAAUAUCAUACUCAUUACCAGGCUGUUUUAUGUUGUUCUACCCUUUGCUGAAAGGGCUGGUCUUGUCAUUGUUUCACAGUUUGUGCCUGAUCAGGUCUUUGCUUUCCCUCCCCUGUUUUUUUUGUUGUUUUGUUUUUUAAUUGAUAUUUUGCCGCGGGAAGUUUUGAUGCAUCUGUUCACAUUCCUGAGUUUUAAGGGGUGUGGCCGUAAAUGACUGGGGGUGUGGCCGGUGGUGGACGGAGCCCUUGGUUGGAUGCUGAGGAAAGGAUGUUGGGGAAUUCACAUGAAUUCAACUUUUGAUUUUGAAUUUAAAACGUUACACGCAGGACUGAAUUUCAUUUAAAAAAUGGAAGGAAAAAAGGCAAAUAAAGAAGAAAGGUUCGUA